AGUAUUCCUUAGUUUAUCAUUCAUACGUUGUUAAUAUAUAGUUAUUUCAAAAAGUUAGCGAGAAGGAACCCUGGCCCAGCACGACGUAAUAAUUGAAAUUUUAAUUUUGGUCAUGUUCAGUGCUUUAUUUAUUUAAUAUGAUUCAAUAUGAUCUAAAUAAUGGGUGCAAGAAAAGUAUUAAUUUUCAGUUGAAAUGGCAUUAAAAUAGUCUUAAAAGUCUUGAAUUUAGAUUUAUCAAUCCUGGGGGGACCCUGUGACUGUCGAUCCCUACCAAAAAGGGUGUGUUGUCUAUUUUUGCACGUUAACUGUGAAUUGAAGAAUGUUACAACAAUAAAAAUACUAAUUCAUAACUGUUUUCCAUUUAUUUUGCACUUUAAUAAGAGCUGCUUUUCACUUUUAUCCAAUAGAAAAAAACUUUCAAAUGCUGAAAUUUAAAUAAAGUCUUUGUUUUCCGUUGUACCGAACCCAUACCGAACCGUGACCCCCGUACUGAGGUACGUACAGAACCAUGACUUGCAUGCAGGGUUACACCCCUAAUGUGUAUAUUCAUAUAUAUAGAAUUGAGUGCAAGUGUUGUUGUUGUUGUCAUUGCGACAGCACUUUCAUGUAAUUUCAGAACAUCUCUGUGCAAAUCGCUGUCGAAACAUUUGCAACUUCAAUGCCAAUUUCCUGUAUCAUUAAUGCAAGAGGGAGGUUAUUUGCAACUUGAGACUUCCUUAUUCACACCAUUUUUGUGUAAUUUUUAUGCAACAAGCUUCUGUUCUUUAAAAUGUAUUUGUUUUGGGCACUUUUAGCUUCCUCAGAGAAAUUUGCAGCUAUUAGAGUAACACGCACACAUUAGCAACCUCACAGUCACACACAGUUAACAGACCACAAACGCUAAGGAAGUUCAAGUCAUCCUCAGUUCAAGCGUCACCGUCCACUCGAAGGUAAGUUUCACGUGCAAACAAAAUAUCUGCUUUUUGUUGCAUUUCAAUGACCCUCACUACUUUUUUUCCCCCAAGAAAAUUGCUGCUCUUUGUUUGUGUGUCAACAAAAAGUGAAAAGCAAAAUGAAACACGUCACUGUGACGGUUUUUCUACUUUUGGCCCUGCUUAAAGCUUUCUCAGGCAGGAUUAGUGGGGAAAAGAUUUUUUCCAGAGCAGCCCUGACCGGCUCGUGCGUUUCAUUUCCGUGCACGUUCAUCACAACGCCGGUCGCCAAAGAGUUCCUGAGAAACAACAGCUGCUCUGUCAUUUGGAAGACCUCAGACAACGGGCCUGAUGAGUUCAACUCCCUUCGAACGAGGGAGGAGAGUGCUAAGCUUAACCUCCUGCACGGAAAGUUCGUUGGGGACUUACUGGAAAACAACUGCAGCACCAUCCUGGAAGACGUGCCGUCACAAUAUGACAACGUGUUGUUUUUCUUUCGAUUGAAGUGUGGCAACCAACCCAUUUUUACCAGAAGCCCAAGUUUUCGUUUGCAUAUUCAAGACUUGGCACCCCAGCCCACUAUCCGCCGUGAACGCUUUGAUGUCUUUGAGGGUGACAAGCGGGAUUUAGUGUGCUGGGCGCCAAUUUUCUGCUCAACGUCGCCGCCACUCCUUACGUGGUCACCAAAGUUAGGCAAUACCGAGAUGGAUGUGACGGAUGACGUCAAGUUGGUCAUGAGAUUUAAAGCCACUUAUCGACACAACAAUGUUAAGAUGACAUGCAGGGCUAUCUACUGGAGACAAGCAGGACGCACCCCCCUUUACUCAAGACGUGUGAUGAUACUUCGAGUUUUGUUUGCCCCAAAGAUCCUGCCAUCCUCCCACUGCCAAGAUGUGCAAACCGGGACUCUGUGUUACUGCGUAAGCCAGGCUAACCCGCCACCAAAACUGAAGUGGGAAUUGUCCGGAACAUUGCUAAACCCCUCGGACCCAGGGCGACCUAUUAUAAACGAGUCCAUCGACCUCACCACCCAGAGAAGCGUCAUCUUCCUUCAGAGCCUGGAUGUCAAUGACUCAUUGGUUUGUUUCAGCAGCAACCCGUAUGGAACUAUUCGUUUUGCUUUCAACACGUCCUCACCCAUUGCUCAGAAAAAUGUGACGAUUCUGGCACUUUCCGCCAUGAAAGCGAUUGUCCUGCUGCUAUUGCAUGUCCUGCUGUGGUACCUUUGCAGGUGCAGAAAAUCCAAAGUCAACUCUGCAGCCAGCAGUGGACAAGCAAAUAACCCCGUGGACAUGUUGGACAGCAAUAAGAACACCUCCGUAGACCCCAUUUACUACAACAUCGACCACUUCGCCACGGAGCGGGCAGAGGAUGACGGGCGGCUGAUUGUACUUCACCCAAUCCAACGUGACCAUACAACUUUAUAAAAUGUGUUUGGAAUGCACAAUAUAACUUACUUAAAGGGUAUGACAACACCUGGGGAAAUGCUAAUAUUCCAUCAUUUAUCCAUCAACGCAUGCCUUUUGAAUUCAUAUCAUGCCACUUCGUGUAAUUACACACAUCGCAACACCAAGAAAAUGAUAGAAAUUAGUUCGAUUGUCAAGCUAAAAGGACCCGCCCCCGAGAUGCCGGAAAUCUAGCAUAUUGUGUGCGUGACGUCACUAUAGGGAAACAACCGGCUCAGUGCUUAGUACUGAAUGGCGGCGAUGAUGGCGGACAAUUUUGUUUCUAUUUGCAGCGACGAAUCCGACGUAACGAACAUUCUUCUAACGGUGACGAGGAGAGUUAUGAACCUUUCUUUGGUGUUUUGGGUUAUCAAUUUGAGCCCAAACGAAAGCCAAUGCAGCCUAAUUAAAGGAUCACUGAGGGGAGCAAUCACACUGAUGAAACACCGGCGGCAACAGAAUCACCGAAUGGUUUGUUUUGCAUUUCUUCUUGUGAAGCUGAUACACCAUGACCGCAAAAUAAAGUAAUGUAUAGAAUAAUUAUCAUUUAAUAUGCUAUCUCGGUUUCGCUCUGCCAACGGAUACAAAUAUGAAUGGGAUUAGAGCAGGGGUCCCCAACCUUUUUUGCACCACGGACCGGUGUGAUUUGGGUCUUUUUUUCACGGACCGGUGUCCUGUCAAAUUUUGCACCCUUAUAAAAUUUUGCUCCCAAAGCUUUUGUGGCGGUGAAAAAAACCCUCUUUUAUAUUCAGUUGGACUCUCAAUGUUAUCCAAUGGUGCUAAAAAACUAUUUACAUCACAAACAUACAUGUGCAACACGGUAAUGGCGUAAAUUAACGCUUAAUGACACGGCGAAGUCGUUAAGUGAGAGGGCUACGUGCAGUUGUUGUGUGCGCCAAACAUGGCAAACGUAAGUUAAUAUUCCUUUCUUUAAAGAAAGUUUGUAGUGUGUACUUAGGAAUCGCUGCAUUCGCAGUCCUUUUUAACGUUACGCGCAUGCCAACUUUGUCAGAACACCGGCAAUGUGCGGCAGAAAAAUACAGCAAAUAUAAAAUAGCAUUUGUUUUUAGCCCCGUCGUGUAAAGUGCAGGGAAAAAAUACAAUCAAAAAAAUCAGUGGGAGGGCUGAGUUUGUUUCGUUGAGACGAGAUGGUCCCGAGAUGGGAGAGUGAGAGAAGCUAGCAUCACAAAUACACGAUGUUGGAAAUUGUAGCACAGUUUUCAGCGCGCUCCUAGCGAUGUCGGGAUAUUCCGAAAUGACUUUAAUCCAGAACUUCGGUAGAGUUGUUGUCUCAAAUGUACGUUUAAGUCGCGUGAUUUGCGAUCUCUACAAGCUGAUGUUCCUGUUCCACAGACAUGCUCGAAUCACUCGAUUUAUUCACAUACGUGUCACGAAUUCACUCCUUUGCAGUUCGUGGGUCUUUAGUGAUUGGGAAGUAGCAUAAAUUUUGUUUUCUUUGAGGCACAUCUUCUGGCUCGUCAGGUUCCCUUUUCCCCGUAAAAUUGCAAAAUUAGCCCUCUUAGCACUGACGAACUUUACUCAUUGUCUGCGUAGUCCAGCUCUUUUUCUCGCGUUCGGGAACUCAUGGGUACUACAUUGCGACAAAUGGCUAUUUGUAAACCACAUAGCAUGACAGGUUUGAACCAUUUUAGCGAUUUUUUGAUAAAACACGAACGCAACUCUCUCGUCGAUAAACAACGAUGGCACCCGCCUCGACCUUUUGUUUCCUUGUUAUGACGUCUCCGCCCCAUUCGGCUGUUUCCGGAACACUUUCGGAAAUGUUCGUCAUUUUCGAUCUAUUUUCGAUAAUUGCUCAUUAAUGUGAUUGAUUUUUUUGUUAACUUUAUCAAUAUUUGUUAUCUUGGCACAUAACGGUUCUAUUGAUGUCUCACACCCCCUUUGCGUUUUCAUACCCUUUAAGAGGAGUUAAAAGUUUCAAAUAUGUGGAUUUAAAAUGCCCUGGCUGGCAACCGAUUCAGCGUGUACCCCACCUACUGCCCAUAGUUAGCUGGGAUUGGCUCCAGCAUCCCCGUGACCCUCGUGGGGAUAAGCAGCUCAAAAAAUGAAUGAAUGAAUGGAUUUAAAAUCUUUAGUAAGGAUGACUAACAAUAAGUUUUAUACUUGACAGUGUGGUAUCAAAAUCAUGAUUAUAAGAUACAUUAUUUGUACAAAUAUAUAGCGGAUUAUGACGU